AUGCAAAAGUUCAAUUUGCCAAACAAUUUUUGUACAAUUCUCCAAUCAAAAGAAGAAUUGAUUGAACGAGUGUUUCCAAAUAUUAUCCAGAAUCACAGGAAUCACAAUUGGUUGAAUGAACGCGCAAUUCUAGCACCAAAAAAUGUGCAAGUCAAUGCUAUCAAUUAUCUCAUCCAAGAAAAAUUGCCUGGUGCAGUAAUAUCAUACAAAUCUAUUGAUAGCGCAUUGAAUGAAGAUGAUGCAGUCAACUAUCCAGUUGAAUUUUUGAAUUUGUUAGAACCACUCGGUAUACCGCCGCAUUUCUUGAAUUUGAAGGUCGGCUCAUCAAUUAUUUUACUACGGAAUUUGAAUGCACCAAAACUGUGCAACGGCACAAGAUUAGCUGUAAAAAGAUUGAUGCCGAAUUUAAUCGAGGCCACAAUAUUGACUGACAAAGUGAAGGGGGAAUUUGUACUCAUCCCACGUAUUCCUCUGAUACCAACAGACAUGCCAUUUGAAUUCAAACGGUUGCAAUUUCCCGUGCGCCUAUCAUUCGCUAUGUCCAUCAAUAAGGCACAAGGACAAACGCUCCAAGUAUGCGGUUUGGAUUUGGAGAAGCCGUGUUUUUCGCACGGGCAAUUAUACGUGGCCUGUUCAAGAGUUGGCACUCCAAAUUGUUUAUUUGUGUAUGCCCCAAAUGGACAAACAAAGAAUAUUGUUUACACAAAUGUGUUGGAUUAA